UGAUUUAAAUCUUAUUAAUUCAACAAAAUUUAGUUAUACAGAACAACAAUUAAUUAAUUUUUGUCAACAAAUAUAUUUUUUUAUUCAAACGAAUCCAAGUUUAACACGAUUAUUAUCUCAUAUACCAAAAUUAAGUAAUUUAAUUCAAACAAAAAAAUUUCCUCCUCCUUCAGACGAACAACAAACUUAUCAUCAACCAUUACAACGUUUUUCAUCAAUAAGAUCUCAAGGUCAAUCAUUAAAAAAUUUCGUUUCAGAAGGUGCACAUACAUCAAUAAGUCAACAAUUAACACGUCUUGAAACAAAUGAUAGUGGAGUAGAUUUAACUGAACCACCUAUGGCAAGUCAAUUUUCAAAUUUAUUAUCUUCUCAUAGUCAUCCACAUUCAUUUAUUGAUCGUACACAAUCAAAUAGUAAACACACAUUUGUUGGUAAAACAGCAUCAUCACCAAUACCGGAACAUGGCACACUACAUGUUCCAGCUCGUAUGCCAUUAAAAGGUGUGUUAAGUGCUCCAGCACCAGCAAGUUCUUCAGAUUAUCGUCAUAAAAAUUCAACUUAUCAACAAUUUAAACAUAGAUCAACAUUAGCUAAAAGUGAUGAAGAUGAACAAGAAUCUCAAGAACAAACUAAUGAUUUCAAUCAUACAAAUGAAAGUUCCAAACCAUUAGGACAAUUCUAUUCACUUCGCUAUCGAAAUAUCAAACCUAAUCAAAAUUCCGAAGAUGUAUCACAAUAUUUAGGUGUUGAUGCUAAUUCAACUCCUGGACGAAAUACAUUUUUACAACCAAAUACAGGCAUGAAAGAUGUACCAAAAUGGUUAAAAAAUCUUCGUUUACAUAAAUAUGAUGUAUUCUUUUCACAAAUGACAUAUGAUCAAAUGAUGAAUUUAACUAUGGAGCAAUUAAAAAAACUUAAUAUAACUGAUGGUGCAUGUGCAAAAAUUUUAUUAAAUAUUAAAAAAUUAAAAGAACGUUCAAUAUUAUUAAAACAAUGCCUGACUGAUAUAGAUAAUGGACAAAUUGAAUUAUCAAAUGUUAUUGGACAAUUAACUGAAAUCUUAUCAACACCCAUACGUUCCAAACAACUUGAACUUGAAAAUAAUAGUGAAGAAGAUUUACCAGAAUUAAUUCUACAAAUUUUACAAAAAAUUUAUCAACAAUUAACAACAACUUCUCCACCAGACAUAUGUAAUAGUCUUCUUGGUUUAUUUGAUCGUUGUUAUAAACAUGAAGCAUUUAUUGAUAAUCAACGUGUUAUUGUUUUACAAUGGCGUGGACGUUUAUCAGCUAUGCUUCAAUCAUUAGGUAAAAUUGAAUAUAAAACAAUUCAAUCAACAUUUAGUCAUACACCACAACGUCGUUCAAUAAAAUCAUCGAUUAGACCAAUGAAAAGUUCAUUAGGUUUAUAUCAUUCAAAUCAUUCAACAAAUUCCGUACCAUUAAUGAAAUAUAAUUCUGAACCACAACAUAAUAGUUUAAUGGACUCAAAUUUAAUACGUCGUCCAAAUAAAUCACCAAUAAAUAUUUAUUCAACAACUGAAGAAACAAAUGAAGUUAAUAGUAUUCAAGCAUCAUUUAGUUGUAUAACAUCAACACCACAACGUAAUAAUGGAGCUUAUCUAGUUAAUAAUCAACAUCAAGCAUUAACUCGAAAAGCUAGUAUUGAUCCAUAUAGUGACCAUAAUUCAAAUAAUAAAACAAAAUUAUGUAAAACAAUUAGUGAUCCAAGUAAAAUACGUUUUUAUAAUCCAACACAAAUGAAUCAUAUGCAAUUCUCAUCAAUAAGAUCACAACAACAAAAUUUAUUUCCAACAUUUUCAACACCAUAUUCACAACAAACACAAUUUCCUGCACGAUCACCACCAACAACAACAACCACUGAUACAUCAACAUCACCUAUUAAAGAAUGUUAUCCAGAUAAUGAACACUCGGAUUUUUAUGGAAAUAAUAAUAAUAAUGCGACAUCAAUUUCAAGUGCAAGUGAUACAAAUGAACUGGAUAAUACCGAUGACCAACGACAAAAUGAUAGAGAUCUCGAAUCAUUUUAUCGUGAUAUGACCGAAAGUACGAUUAAUGAUGAUGUUAAUGAUUCAUUAGUUGAUCAUAAAGAUGAAAUCAUGGAUGUUUCAAAUCUUAAACAAUCUUUAAAUAAUUCAACAGAUAUAGAACAGUGA